AUGAAACGCCGCGGUAUUAACUGGAAACCCAGGCUCUCUGCCGGUGGAGCCAAUCGCACGAAUAUGCAAGGCAUUAUGAGCAGAUAUCAGCAGCAACCACCUCCAGAAGAAGCUCAAGUAAUUUCUGACAGAGGAUCCGAUUUGAUGCCGAUUCGAAGAGGAAACAGCUUCAGACCCUUUGAAAGUCGUCUACAACCUCACUAUCGAUCUCCACCACGAUGCUAUUCUUCGGGCUACUGGAAACCUCCACCACCGCCGAUUCACCCGGCCCAUCCUCCCCGAUAUGGUGCCAGAGAGCCUGACGUUUUACUCAACGAUAAAGGCCGUCCGAUUCCACGUAGAGGAAUGUUCCUGAAUGCAAAAUACUCGGCACCUCCACCCGAAAUCGAUGAGGAGCGAGUGCGCCACACAGAAGACGUCAUUCGUCGGAUGGUUCGAAAAAGUCGACGUAGCGAGCAAUUCAGUCUGAACGCGCCGUCGAAUUAUCAACUAAGGGAUUCUAUAAGACAGGCGGUCUACGAUCAGGGUGUACCGGAUUACUUUCGAGUUAGAGAGCCGAUCUACGAUGAUUAUGAAGACGUGAGGGCCCCAAGAAACCAACGUCCCUCUUCUUCACAUCAUCAUUCUGCAACUUAUUCCAUGUCGUCACGUCAUCAUCCUCGUCCGAGUUCUAGAUAUUCCAGAGGCGAUAGAAGAGUCGAAUUCGAAGAAGAUGAAGAAGACGGUGGAUACGAUUCUGAUGAGGAGGAGGUCUUUGAGCCGCCUCCAAAAAAACAGAUGAAACGGAGUCGAUAUGGAGUAGAUGAGGAAGAACGUCCAUCUAGGAAAAUCCGACGUCAUCAUCGCCACGUGGAAGAGGAACGAGGUUCUUCUAGCAAUGAAGACGACGUCGGUAAUCGAUCAAGCAAUUCUAGAGUCUCAAAAGCGUCCGAAGCUUCCAGAGCAUCAAAUAAAAGACCCAACACUCCAGAAGACCGUCCACCAUCAUGUGGAAGCAAGAAGAGCACCCCAACGCCUGGCAAGUACAUCAAAGACUCGGACCCAGAAGACGAGAUUGAUUGGAAACGAGGAGUCCCUUUUAUGUGUGAUGAACGCGGUGCCGCUGUACUCGAUCGUGUUGGAUCGGCAAUCCAACGUCUUCCAUUGAGAGACGACGCCAAGAAUAGCUACUCGCAAGUGGCGAUGAUGCUUUUGGAGAGGAGUAUGAAGAAUUUGGAAAAACCGGCGGCCAAAGAAUCAUUCCGCCCACAGUCCCGUCUUCAAGAUAUGACAGGCUCUUGGGAGCGUACACCGCGUCAGAAAUCUCCAGAAGCGGUCUCAGAUGCUCUUCAAAAAACGUCGAUUCUCCGGGACAUCUCCAAGAUUCAGCACCCUCAAAAUGCUUCUACACUGCAGAUCGAUCAGUCGCUGUUUGCCAUCCCACGGCUUUACGACGUGGAUGUUGUAAUCGAUGAGGAUUGGAUGAGCAGAAAGAAGACCCGAAUGCCACCACCGCUUCAUCGCUCUUCGCCCCUCAGUACAGACGUCUUCAGAAGUGAUGACGUCAUAACUGCUCCAAGUUCUAUAAGAAAAGAAGCUGAAGUAGAGAUGGCUCCCAUACAAUCCUCAUUUUUCAUCGCGAAUCCCGAUUUUACUUGUAACGAAUCUCUAGGAGGAUCGAUGAUAACGUCCCUUGAUCCCAGAGACUUCGGUUCCCGAACUAUGCACUUCAACGCUCAAUUCGAAUUUAGUCCACGGCGAAAGAAGGGAGCAGUGAAACCGAUGGUUGAUAUGGAUGAGGAAGGAGAGAAGGAGAUGGAGAAGGAGUUUAGUAGAAUGUCCAAUCAAGCUAGAUUCGCUUUUUAA